UACAAAUGUGACACUUUGAUUGAAAAUUCUGCUAUUGGAUUCACUUGAUGGAGAAUCAUUUUCUCCUUGAUGAAAUUAUGACUGAUUACUUCAUUGUCCAUAAUGCCAUCUUCGCAUAUCAAAGACUCGAUCGAUGGCCAUUUUGGUAAGGAUAUGGAAAUAUCACAUGUACCUACGCUUACACCAUCAAUAGAUAAAAAUGAUACAGGUAAUAUGAUUGCACCGUUCUCAACGUCAAUGCAUUCCUUCCAGUGGCACAUUGCAGCGACAUACUACGACACAAAGAUGCCACCUUCUGCUGUUUUUGUGAAAACAUUUGGCGAAAUGGUAGCAGUAGCACCAGUGAAAAUGAUGGUUGUCUCAUCUAAAAAACGUUUUGUGGAAAUUUGUAAAAUGAAUUUGCUGGCUGGUUAA